UUGUUCGUAUCUGAAUUUGAUUUUUCCUCUUUGGGUCUGUUUCAAUAUCUGGUUUGCUGGUUUGGGUGUUGAAAUUUUGAAGGAUCAGCCAUGUCGAUCGCCUUGGAAAGGAUCGAAACAUCGGGGUUUAGUCGCGUUAUGAAGUGCGCCUGCGAUGCUUCUAGAUUCGAGUUGCCGCCGUCCGCGACGGAGGAGGAGGAAGAGGAUUGGAGGGGUUCGGGUUCGUCUUCCGCGACGACGUCGUCUUCGAUCGGGAGGAAUAGCGAUGACGAUGACGUGUCUUGCGAGGAAAACGAGGUUCAGAGCUCUUAUGAAGGUCCCUUGGAUAUGAUGAAUUCCAUCGAACAGGUUCUAGGCAUGAGAAGAAGUAUUUCGAGUUUCUACAAUGGAAAAUCCAGGUCUUAUACAAGUUUAGCAGAAGCAACCGCAGUUUCCUCCAUUAAAGACAUAGCAAAGCCUGAGAAUGCCUAUACAAGAAGAAGGAGAAAUCUGUUGGCAAUCAAUCAUAUAUGGGACAAAUGCAGGAACAAAAGACUCAUCCGACCAAUAAGUUCAAGCAAAAGCACAUUGGCACUUGCUGUUGCAAUGGGUAGUUCCGAAACCGGUAGCUUUUCUAGCACCGGUGAAGAUUCCCCAUCGAUUUCGAGCCCUCGGUUACCUCCGCUGCACCCACAAACGAGGACAGUUUCACCUUCUUCGUCGCCGCAGUUGAGUGGUCGGAAUUUCUCAAAUUGGCGGUCGUUCUCGUUGGCCGAUGUACGUGAAUAUAACUACUUUUAAGGAAAGGCAACUUGGUGAUGAUUUGUUGUAGUUAUUACACGGUGUUUUUUAUAAUUUGAUG